AUGUCAGCCAAAUGGUUCCUUGUUACUCUACCAAUUCUCUUAAUUGCAAUUAUCCUAAUAAUGAUAAUUGGAUUUUAUUUCUUAUGGAAGCGUAGAAGAGCUGAAAGAGCUGAUAUGGACUAUGAACAACAAAGUAUGAAAAAAUCAACUAAAGGGAAGAAAAAACACUCAGAGGAGAAGAAAACUACCGCUGAAAAACCUUUAACAAGAAAAUACGAACGCGCAAACUAUGACGACGAUGUCACUUACGACGUUGUUGCUGGUUGGCGCAUAAAGGAAACAACAGUUCCGAAUGAAGAUAUUGCGAGACCACAGGCGACUGGAGAAGGAAAUCAACCAAAAUUCCUUUAUGAAACAUUUUUGGAAGAUGUCAAAAAGAAGAAAGACGAUAAGAAGAAAAGGAAGCAUGAACGCCUCGGACUUGCCGACCAGGCAUGCGAAUCAGCUCCAGAAUUAGGAGAUAAGAUAGAAGAUAGCACCGAUUUGCUUAGAAAAAAAGGCAAACCAAGCCCACUCGAUCAGCUAACCUUACGCUCAGGAACAGUCCCAGACCUCAGCCCUGGAAAAGACUCUGAAGAUUCUGGAUGA